AUGGCAUCGCGCUCAGCAAGCGAGUUCAAAAGCGAUGAGGAGAAACCGCUUAUAUCCUUGGUGCGCAUCAAGAAAGAAAUCGUGGAUUCCUAUAAAGACCCGGUGCCAGGACUUUUUGUUUUCCCAGACGAAAACAACAUGGCGACGAUCUACUCUAUUGUGCUUGGACCCGCGGAUACACCAUACGAGGAUGCUAUCCUGAUUUUUGAAUUACUCUUACCGAAGGACUACCCCAUCAAUCCCCCAAAGGUGAAGUUUGUGUCUAUGGAUGGACGUCACACCAUUCACCCAUUCUUUUUCAACAACGGGACUGUCUCAAUCAGUAUUCUCGGAACCUAUGCUGGACCGCAGUGGAGCUCCGCUCAGACAUUUUGCUCGGUCCUAUUGUCGAUACAGAGCAUACUAACGGCUGAACCAUUCUUCGACCAUCCGUUCAAGAAAAAUGCGAACCGGCAAGCACACAGUGAGGAAGCGGCAGAGUAUCACACUUACGUCCGAUAUGAAGCUAUUAGGAUGUCAGUAUGCAAAUCCGUGCAAAGCUGUCUGGACGACUCAACACCGUACCCUCAUGAACUCCGGCAAAAAGUAUUCGCACUUUAUGUCGAGAUGUUUGACAAGUACGUGGCUUGGCUACAAAACCAUCUGGACUUGAAUGGCACCCCCAUCAAAAAUCCUUUCUGUGGAGGACUGGGAUCUUAUGAGUUUGAUGCCUUGAUCAGCCGGCUUGAAACUCUCAAGGCACAGGUGUCGAAGAAAAUUCAGCCCGAUGACGCGAACACCGCCCCCUAA